ACCCCCUAGCGCCUAUCUCACCUUCACACCUCAUCACCCAAACAACUUCUUCUCUUCACCCACCCCCAAUUUAUCUUAACAAUGUCUGGACGCGGAAAAGGUGGCAAGGGUCUCGGAAAGGGUGGUGCUAAGCGUCAUCGCAAGAUUUUGCGCGACAACAUCCAGGGUAUCACCAAGCCCGCUAUUCGUCGUCUUGCUCGCCGUGGUGGUGUCAAGCGUAUCUCCGGUCUCAUCUACGAAGAGACCCGUGGUGUUCUCAAGAUCUUCCUCGAGAAUGUCAUCCGUGACUCAGUAACCUACACAGAACAUGCCAAGCGCAAGACUGUCACUGCUCUCGACGUUGUUUACGCCCUCAAGCGGUCAGGGAGGACGCUUUACGGUUUCGGUGCUUAGACGUUUCAUCAUUUUAGGGGGUGGUCCGUGCGCAGGGGGGGGUACGGGAGUUCGUCUUGGCUGUUCACGCACACGCAUCAUGGGUUCUGGGUUCGUCUGUACGAGUAUACGAUUAUAAUUUAUCUCUGCUAUCUUUCUAUCCAUCAUCAUCU